CGAUUAAGCAUUGGACAUUGUUGAGCAGAUCUAGAAGGUGGUAUCGUGUUGCUGAUCUUUUACCUACUCAGCCAGACGGUAACCCAAGGCAAGCUCUACGCUGAUCGAACUCUUAUGAUCACGGACAGACAUAGAGCAUAAAAUACGUUAACUGAUUGGAAGUGUUCUAACCUGAUGGACAUGAUAUUUUUGCAGCAAAUGCACCCCUAUAUCAAAUAUCAUGAGAGCAUCAUCUUUAUUGUUUUCAGGUGUUUUCUCUUGCUCACUCUAUUGCCCGACUUCUCAACCUCGUUGUACAAGGGCGGGAGCGAUAUUCUUUUUCACGUCGCCAAGAUUGACUGUAUCCAAUUGCAAGAAUUCGGUUACUAUCGUGUUAAAGUUGUUCAUAUUGGAUGUUGUGGUUAUGCAUCCCCUUUGGGCUCAUUACAUAUUCUCCUAUUCCUUUCUAUCUCGGUCCGAGAGUCUCCGAAUGAGAACUUUUCUAUCUCGUGACACGGGGUACGCGGGUACAUACUCGGUGACACAAAGCAUUGUGAUAAUCCAAGCAAAGCUAGUAAAUGCGAAGGUGACAUCCGCAUAUUCUCCAUCCCGUCCCGUCCCUUGAUAACAGCUGGUGUUAUUCUUUUCGAACCCGUCUCUGCAAUAAAGGAGCUAAAGUCCAUAAGGCAGGUGUGGCGGACAGACUA